ACAAUGACUUGAAUAGCAUAUCGACGACGCUGUUAUAAAAAUCUAAACCUUUUCGUCCCUUUCUUCUUCUCUCUCUGACGCCAACACACGAAGUGCAACACCAACAACGGAAGAAAAUGGCUUUGCAACUGUGGGAAACCCUGAAGGAAGCCAUAGUUGCGUACACUGGUCUCUCUCCACCCACCUUCUUCACACUCCUCGCCCUCAUCCUCGCUCUCUACUACGUCGUUUCGGGUCUUUUCCCUUCCUCUGAUCAGCGCCAUGCAACUUCGAAGGACUUUGAGCCUCAGAUGGAGCCUCUGCGACCCCCCGUUCAGAUCGGUGAGGUCACAGAGGAAGAGCUCAAAGCCUAUGAUGGCUCUGAUCGCGACAAGCCCCUUCUCAUGGCCAUCAAGGGUCAGAUCUAUGAUGUUUCGCAGAGCAGGAUGUUUUAUGGACCCGGUGGACCUUAUGCUCUAUUUGCUGGCAAGGAUGCUAGCAGAGCCUUAGCAAAGAUGUCUUUUGAAGAGAAAGAUCUAACAGGUGAUAUCUCUGGUCUGGGUCCAUUUGAGCUUGAGGCCUUACAAGACUGGGAAUACAAGUUUAUGGGCAAGUAUGUAAAGGUUGGAACUAUCAAAAAGACAGUUCCAGUGGCUGAACCAGAAUCCACAAGUGAACCAUCCGAAUCUACUCAAUCAACUGGUGAACCAUCAGAAUCUAUUCCUCGUGAUGCCGAAUCUUCCAAGCUUACUGAAGAUGUCCCUUCAGAAACUGCACCUGUUAAAAGUGAUGAAUCUGAAACCCCUUCAAAGGUUGAUGCACAUAAAGAGUAACAAUACUUGGAUGCAAUUUACUCUUGCAAACAAUGGAAACAAUUAUAUAUAGAAGCUUCUGAGAAAGACUGAUCCUUACUGAAUGUAUUCAGCAAAUGUUGGACAAGUUUUUAGUCUAGGCUACCCUUUUGCAUUGGAACUUUGUCUAAGUAUUAUGUUUGAUAAAUAAGAAAUUUUAGUAUUUAAUUUCAGUUGUUUUGUGUUUAAACCUCCUUGUGUUCCAUAAGAUCUAGAGGCUACAAACCAAUGAACAUUUGGGACCAUAUGCUGAGCCAAGUGUUGAGUGAAUGCAUCUGGUCUGUAUGCUAUGAGAUAUAAUUGCUUAUUGUGUUUUUGCUU